AUCGAGUCGCGCGUGCUUCUGGGAGAAACUGUUUGAACCAAUCAGCGCGCAUUCUCAAUGGAACCCGGGAGUUCACGAGGGGGAUGUGUUUAGCAUAGCGGCUAAAGUGGAGAUUAUCCUAUUAUAGCUGCUAUUACUGGGAUUCACAUUCAGAGUGGUGUCUGUUUGGGACGGGUUUGCCAGCAGCAUCUCAUGCCAGGUGGUACGUGUACUGGGACAUGGAUACUGAGGGCUUUGGGGAACUCCUGCAGCAGGCAGAACAGCUUGCGGCAGAGACGGAUGCCGUGUCUGAGUUGCCCCAUGUUGAGCGAAACCUACAGGAGAUCCAACAGGCAGGAGAGCGACUACGCUCCCGCACUCUCACCAGAACCUCUCAAGACACAGCUGAUGUAAAAGCCUCCAUCCUCUUGGGCUCUCGGGGUCUUGACAUCUUCCAUAUCUCCCAGCGUCUUGAGAGUCUCAGUGCAGCCACUACAUUUGAGCCUCUUGAGCCAGUCAAGGACACUGAUAUUCAGGGCUUUCUGAAGAACGAAAGAGACAAUGCACUGCUGUCAGCCAUCGAGGAAUCACGCCGCAGGACAUUUCUGCUGGCGGAGGAGUACCACAGAGACUCUAUGUUGGUGCAGUGGGAGCAGGUGAAGCAGAGAGUGUUGCACACCCUGCUGGGAGCUGGAGAGGACGCACUGGACUUCAGCUAGGAAGUGGAGCCCAGUUUUGUGAGCGAGGUCAGAGUUCCAGGACGCAGUGCACUAGACAGUGUGGAAGCUGCCUACAGCCGACAGAUCUAUAUCUUCAAUGAGAAGAUAGUAAAUGGGCAUCUUCACCCAAACCUGGGAAAUCUCUGUGCCUCAGUAGCCGAAAGUCUGGAUGAUAAGAAUGUGUCAGACAUGUGGCUCAUGGUGAAGCAGAUGACAGACGUUCUGUUGGUGCCGGCAAAGGACACGCUGAAGAGUCGAGUGUCUGUAGACAUGCAGAUGGCCUUUGUCAGACAAGCCCUGCAAUUCCUGGAGAACAGCUAUAAAAAUUACACUCUGGUCACUGUAUUUGGGAAUCUGCACCAGGCUCAGCUGGGUGGAGUACCUGGCACUUAUCAGCUCGUAUGCAGCUUUCUGAACAUCAAGCUGCCGACCCCGCUGCCUGGCAUGCAGGACGGCGAGGUGGAGGGACAUCCAGUCUGGGCUCUGAUCUAUUUCUGCCUGCGUUGCGGAGACCUGUCUGCCGCCAUGCAGGUGGUGAAUAGGGCACAGCAUCAACUGGGUGACUUUAAGAUCUGGUUUCAGGAGUACAUGAAUAGCCCCGACAGACGUUUGUCUCCAGCAACAGAGAAUAAACUCCGACUUCAUUACCGGCGUGUGCUGAGGAACAGUGCCGACCCCUACAAGCGUGCAGUCUACUGCCUUAUCGGCAAAUGCGACAUUGGCGACAAUCAUGGAGAGGUGGCCGAUAAGACAGAAGACUACCUGUGGCUUAAGCUGAAUCAAGUGUGUUUUGAUGAGGAGGGGAGCAGUUCCCCUCAGGACAGAAUGACUCUAGCCCAACUUCAGAAACAGCUGCUGGAAGACUAUGGUGAGUCCCAUUUCUCGGCCAGCCAACAGCCAUUCCUGUACUUCCAGGUGCUUUUCCUGACUGCACAGUUUGAGGCGGCCAUAGUGUUCCUUUUCCGAGUGGAGCGUCUGCGCAGCCAUGCCGUUCACGUAGCUCUGGUGCUGUAUGAACUCAAACUGCUGCUCAAAUCAUCAGGCCAGAGUGCACAACUCUUGAGUCAAGAAGCUGGAGAUCCUCCAAUGGUGCGAAGGCUCAACUUCAUCAGGCUGCUUAUGCUCUACACUCGCAAGUUUGAGUCCACAGACCCACGAGAGGCCCUGCAGUAUUUCUACUUCCUCCGGAAUGAGAAGGACAGUCAAGGAGAAAACAUGUUCAUGCGCUGUGUCAGCGAGCUAGUCAUCGAGAGUCGGGAGUUUGAUAUGCUUCUUGGAAGACUUGAAAAAGAUGGAAGCAGAAAGCCCGGAGUGAUUGACAAGUUUGCCGGAGACACGCGGGCCAUCAUUACCAAGGUGGCAUCGGAGGCUGAGAACAAGGGGCUGUUUGAGGAGGCCGUCAAACUGUACGAGUUAGCCAAGAAUGCUGAUAAGGUUCUGGAGCUGAUGAACAAACUGUUGAGUCCAGUUAUCGCUCAAGUCAGCGAGCCCCAGUCCAACAAAGAGCGACUCAAACACAUGGCAGUGGCUAUUGCUGAACGGUACCGUACUAAUGGAAUAGCCGGGGAGAAGACUGUGGACAGCACCUUCUACCUGCUUCUGGACCUCAUGACGUUCUUUGAUGAGUAUCACGCCGGACACAUAGACCGAGCCUACGAUGUGAUUGAGAGGCUAAAGCUGGUUCCCUUAAGUCAGGAGAGCGUUGAGGAACGGGUUGCGGCCUUCAGGAACUUCAGCGACGAGGUGAGACAUAAUUUGUCAGAGGUUCUGCUGGCCACGAUGAAUAUCCUGUUCACACAGUACAAGCGUCUAAAAGGGGCUGCAGCAGGCACACCAGGAAGAGCUCAGCGUACCCUAGAGGACAGAGACAUGCUGCUGCGCAGUCAAGCCCGGGCUCUGAUCACGUUUGCGGGAAUGAUUCCGUAUCGGAUGGCUGGAGAUACCAAUGCCAGAUUGGUUCAGAUGGAGGUCCUAAUGAACUGAAACUCCCCACUCCACCCUUCUCCAGCAGCUGUCUUUCAUUGUCCUCAUUCCAUCAUUACUUUUAUCAUCUUAAAUUUGUAUAUUAUUUGCUUUUUUUCCAUUAUUUGAAAUAAAAAAGAAUGAAAUUCAGUUUUGUUUCAUUUUCAUUUCUUUUAUCAUAAACCUUUUUUUUAUGUGACAUUUUGUCCUGCAUUUUCCCUUUUAGUUGAUUCAAUCUCAGUUGCAUGUCAAUUUCAUUUUAAAAGCCAUAGACUCAUAUAAAAGGCUAUAUGAAACUAAUCAAAUACACAUGAAGUGUAUCCCUCUCAAAAUCCAAAAUCAAUCCAAUAAGAAAUCUAGUGCAAACAAUCAAUGUGCACAUGACAAUAAGUAUUUUUUAUUAUAUUAUUAACUUUGAGAUUAGUCACUGAAUUUGCAGGCAACCAACAAUCUGUGUACUAUAUAUACAGGGUUCUCAAAGAAAGAAAAAAGGAAAAGGCAUAGAAACUAAAUAAAUUCAGAGAUUCCUAUAGUGGCUAUACAUUUUACUAAUCAUUAGUUCUUCUGAAAUAUUUUAUUGACUGUGCAUUGUUCUUGAUAGAGCUUGUGUAGUGUAAAACUCACAAUCUAGUGAUUUGUGAGCAUUAAUAUUUCUUUUAAGGGGAACACUUUACAUUAGUUAAUACAUUGACACUGAGUGAUACAUUUUUUACAGUAUUCAUCUUUGUUAGUUUUUAAAAAUGCAACUUUUAUUAGCUCGGGUCUGUUUAAUAAUAUUAACAGAUACAACUUUUGAUUUAAAUCAUGUAUUAGUAAAUGUUGAAAUUAAGAUUAAUACAUGCUUAAGAUUUUACAGAUCAGUCAAUCAUUGCUCAAAAUCUGUGGGAGCCCUGUAUAUGUUUUGGUUGGGUCAUACUUAAUUUAUUAAAAUAUGUAUGUUUUGUAACAAACCUACUGUACAAACAAGUGGCUGGACAGGGAGUGUUUAUACCCUUUCAGAGAGUUAUGAGAGUAUGCAUGUGUCUGUGUGACAUUGAUUCUCUCAGCAGAUGGUGGGUUAUGGAGGAAAUGCCCGUAGCGCACACAGAUGGACGUGUUGGCUUUGUCACGGCUGGCUGCAGUGUCUGCUCCAGCUCCCUCCAAGCUCUGCUUUGCAUUUUUAACCGUUAGCAUCUGGAGCUGCUGCAUUAAUAUUAGAGUGCACUGUCCUGAAUUCAAGGUACUGGAUGCACAACAAUCAGGCUGUUUCAACUUUAUUUCACCCUUUGAACAACACCUGUUCUGCAAAGACAAAUCUGGUCCUUACAUAAUUUUUAUCCAGUCUUCCAGCAUCAGUACAUCACAUGUGUCAAAUGGGAACUCUGUGUUGUUUGGAACCUGGAGGAGAAGACAUGGAGGGAAAAGAUUCAUCUUGACGCCUCAUGGACUGGUGUGAGAGGUGUGUGUGCUGCAGCUGGUGUUGUGAAUCAGGCCGAUGUCACACGUCCGCGAUAACCCGGCUAUUUCACAACACCAGGGUGGCACCACACCGCUGCCAACAAAAGAACUCUUCCUAAAAGAUCAUCCAUCCUUCUCACAGGCCUUACAUCUAUGUGCCUGUACAGUAAUGUAUUAUCCUCACUAAAACUACAGAAGUCGUUCUUGAAAUAAAGCAUUGUAACUAA